AUGGGUAGCUCUGAAGACAAAGUGGUAGCCGUGAUCAUGGUUGGUGGACCAACUAAAGGUACUCGAUUUCGGCCACUUUCUUUUAAUACUCCCAAACCCCUCUUUCCUUUGGCUGGUCAGCCUAUGGUUCAUCAUCCUAUCUCUGCAUGUAAAAGGAUAGCAAAUUUGGCUCAAAUUUUUCUCAUUGGGUUCUACGAGGAGAGGGAGUUUGCAUUAUAUGUCUCUUCAAUCUCAAAUGAGCUUAAAGUCCCUGUCAGGUAUUUGAAAGAAGACAAGCCUCAUGGUUCAGCAGGGGGUCUCUACUACUUCAGAGAUCUAAUCAUGGAGGAUUCUCCUUCCCAUAUUUUUCUGCUCAAUUGUGAUGUCUGCUGCAAUUUUCCUUUACCUGAAAUGCUUGAGGCGCAUAAGAAAUAUGGUGGUAUUGGCACUUUGUUGGUUAUCAAGGUCUCUGCUGAAUCAGCAAACGAGUUUGGAGAAUUGGUUGCUGAUCCAAAUACGAAAGAACUACUGCAUUACACAGAGAAACCUGAGACUUUUGUGAGUGAUCUGAUUAACUGUGGUGUGUACAUUUUUACUCCAGAAAUUUUGGAUGCAAUAAGCAAUGUGUCAUCCCACAGAGAAGAUAGAGCCAAUCUACGGCGUGUGUCCAGUUUUGAAGCUCUCCAACUAGCGACUAGGUCUCUUCCAAAAGAUUUUGUUAGAUUGGAUCAAGACAUUUUGUCCCCCCUCGCUGGGAAGAAAAAGUUUUAUACUUAUGAAACUAUGGAUUUCUGGGAGCAAAUAAAAACUCCAGGAAUGUCGUUGAAAUGUUCUGGUUUAUAUCUUGCUCAAUUUCGUCAUACAACACCUCAUCUUCUAGCUAGUGGAGAUGGUACUAGGAGUGCAAAAGUUGUUGGUGAUGUUUAUAUCCAUCCAUCAGCAAAAGUACAUCCUACAGCAAAGAUUGGGCCAAAUGUUUCGAUAUCGGCAAAUGUUCGUGUAGCUGCAGGAGCGAGACUUAUCAACUGCAUCAUACUAGAUGAUGUAGAAAUCAAGGAAAAUGCCGUUGUUUUGCAUGCCAUUGUUGGGUGGAAGUCAUCUCUUGGGAAGUGGUCCCGUGUACAGGGUCAAGGGGACUACAACGCCAAGCUUGGGACUACCAUUCUAGGGGAGUCUGUUGGUGUUGAAGAUGAAGUAGUUGUGAUUAAUAGCAUCGUUCUACCUCAUAAAACCCUCAAUGUAAGUGUGCAGGAAGAAAUCAUUCUAUGA